AUGGUUGAGAUCCAUGAAGUCAUCGAAAGCGACCAUCCUGAAAUUUGCAAUGAUCAUGUCUCUAUGAAGAUCGAAAAUAUUCAGGAAAUUACUCAGAAAUUGGAAAAUAUCGCUUAUAGAUUAACAAAACCUCAGUGGGUUGAUACAGCAUUAAAUGAUCUAAUCUCAAUAACUUAUAAUUGCAGCCACGAAACAAUGAUGAUUUUAUUCCAAUCUCAAGCAUUUUCUCGAUUUGUUGAUUUAAUUUCUUCAGAUUGUUCAGUAAAAGGACUUAAAGUUCUUGUAAACCUCACAAAGGAUAAUGAUAUAACCAUGGGGCUCAUUAAAAUAGGCAUAAUCAACUUGAUUUUUCAGGCAAUUUUAUCUCAAUUCGAUGAAUUUAUCGAUUUAUCGCUUAAAAUCCUCACAAAUGUAGUAAGUUCUACAAGGAUAGCUCAAAUAUCUGUCUUAUGCGUAGGAAUUUUGACUACAGCAGAAAAAUUUUACAAUCAAAAUCCAUUGAUUCGAUUUCUGACAAAAUUUGGACAAUUAAUCUAUUUCCUAUUCACAAAACUUAAAGAAAAAACAAAUAACGAAGAACAAAUAGAUGAAGAAAAUUUGAAAAUAAUAUUUAACUCAAUUCCUGAUAUUGACUGCGCGACUGCAUUGUAUACCUAUCAGAAUGGCGUUGAUAUCUUUUUUACAGAUCAUAUUCUUCCAAUUUUGUCAAAAUUUUGGGAAUCAAAUUAUAAUGAAAUUAUUUAUUUCUCUUUGAAGACGAUAAACCUUUUUUUGGACACUGAGGAAUUCUGUUCUGCUUUUAUUUUUAACACAAACUUCUUACCAAAUUCAAUUUCGUUAUUACAGCGUGAAGAUCUAAAAUUAACACAAAUUGUUACUCAUUUACUCAAUCAAAUCUUGUACAAACUCGAAGGCAACGUUUAUCCUUAUUAUAAAGAAUAUAAUAUUUUCGAAAUCACAAUACAACUGUUAGAAAUAACAGAAGACAAAAAUAUCUGUAUUCAAUGCUGUAAUAUUAUAUCAAAUAUGAUUGUUUAUGAUCUAGAACUCGUUGAAAGAUUAAAUGAAAAUCAAUUUUUGGAUAAUUUUGUUAGAAAUGCAAUUCAUUCAUCAAAAAAGGUAUCAACAGGCGCCGUAUGGCUUGUUUCUAACUUAACAGAUCAAUAUCCUGAUCUUACAGUUCAUUUUUUCGCUGAUCAAGAUUUUAUUGAAAUUUGUAACACAAUUUUACAAGGUGAUCCAAACACAGAUUCUCUGGUCAUAUUAAAAGCUAUUACAAAACUGUUUAGUACAUCUUUUUUGAAAGAUGAAAACUCAAAAUCAAAAUUUCUUGAAUUAAUUGAUGUUUCAACAAUUGAAGAUCUUACUGAGAUUGGAUUACAGAUAGGAGAGUAUGCUAAGCAAUGUCUUUCAUUCAUUAAAGGUGAUGAUGAUGAAUAA